UCCAACAUCACCCUUGAAGGCAAUUUCAAAUCACCCCCUGCUUGCAAGAAAGAAAAGUGUAAAUGGUUUAAAGGAUAAAGAUGGCUUUUAAAUUCCCUCACCUGAACAGAAGAAGCUCAAAGAAGGAUGUGGAACUCCGGGAAAAUACAGAGCCAGUAAGUAAAAUAGAGCCAAUGAAAGUCCCUGAAAAGGUGCCACAAGUGCACAGAAGAGAGAUUACACAGGAGGAUGUAGAUGAUGUUUGGAGAAAUAUUACUCUAACACAUUUGCAGAAAACUUUGGGUCUGACCUCACUGGAAGAGAUCCUAGACCAAGCACAAGUUAACCCUCAUCACAUUGUCUACAACAUGACUAACGUCAACAAGCAUGGAGUUGUGACGUUACAGGACAAAUCGGGGGAUCUCCCUCACUGGGUAUUAUCUGCUAUGAAGUGUUUGGCAAACUGGCCAAAGUACGAUACAAGCCAGCCAUCUUAUCCUGGCUUUGAAAGGGAUGUUUUCAAAACAGUUUCGGAUUAUUUUCUGAAUCUUCCUCAACCGCUGCUUGCAUUUGAAUUCUAUGAAUUGUUUGUGAAUGUCUUGGGUCUUUUGCAGCCUCAGUUGGAAAGGGUUGCAAUUGAAGCACUGCAACUGUGCACCCUUUUACUACCUCCAGCCAACCGACGUAAGCUCCAGCUGCUGAUGCGGAUGAUAUCUCGAAUGAGCCAGAAUGUAGACAUGCCACGGCUUCAUGAUGCUAUUGGAACACGAACUUUGAUGGUGCAGACAUUCUCACGUUGUGUAUUAUGCUGUGAAGAGGAAAUUGACCUUGAUGAGCUCUUGGCAACAAGAUUGGUUUCUUUCUUAACGGACCACCACCAGGAGAUUCUUCAAGUUCCUGUUUACCUGCGAAAUGCGGUUCAGGACCAUAUCGACUACCUCAAGAAAGUUCAGACUACGUAUCCAGGAACAGGUGUGAGCGGCAACGCCACCUUGCCAAUGUACUUCUUCUGCAGACAGAUAAGCACCCAGGAAUUUGAGCAACAGAAGUUAUCUGCCUCCCAAUCUGACCUAGCUGAUUUGCUGGAAAGUCUCCUCAAAGAUAAAAAACUCUCUAUUAAGGACAAAAAGAAGAAGCUUAAGAAGUUUCAGAAAGAAUAUCCAGAAAUCUACCACAAUCGUUUCCCGACCACAGAAAGUGAAGCCCAGCUUUUUGUUGACAAACCAAAGAUCAAGCCUCCAAUGCUGAUAGCUAUGAAGAAGCCCAAAAUACUUGGCAUGCGAAACUGAAGGUUGACUGUUUGAAAGAAAAAUCUAUUCCUGAGGAAUAGACCCCUUUACAGCGGGGGGGAAAAAAAUGGAUAUUGUGAUAAACUGUACUGUACAGUGGAAAUCCUAGAACAGGUGCAGAUUACUUGAGGAUCAAGACUAGAGGCAAUUUUUGAUUUCCUUAUUUAAUCUAAUUUUUAAUCUUAUGUGUUUUGAGUUUUUUUAUUUUUAUUUAAUGUGCUUGUCUUUACAGCAAAGGCUUGCUUGCUUUGUAGAUAUUGUCUAGUAGAAAAUAUUGUGGACUAUAUUCACCAUUGCAGUUAGUCUGAGGGGAGCAAAGCCCACUAAGUGCAUUAACCAACCAACCAACCAAUUAAUAGGCGAAAGUUACAUGAUUUCCCUUUCUUACAUAUUGAAUUUGCACUUUUUAUCUAUUUUGUACCUGGUUGUAUUUAAAAUGUUUUGAUGGGGGUUUUUUUUGCACCAUUACUUCAUGUCUGGGGUGUAUAUUUCUAAACUUUAUGCUGUGUAUUCACAUGGAAGCAAUCAUUGUAUAGAUGGUAGUGGACUCCUCAGCUAACCAUUGUUUUAUUUUCAGCCCCUCAUUUUGUUAU